AUGUUUGAAGGCUUCAAACCGUUUACUGUCACAGCCCAGUCUGACCCUCAAGUUGACAUCUAUGGAUUGUCAAGCGGGGACUCGUCAUCACCACGCCCUGCGCUACUGCUUCUCCAUGGAUUUCCGCAAACCCACCACAUCUGGCAUCGCCUAACACCACAGCUCAUCGAAAAGUUCACUGUUGUGCUGAUCGACCUCCGCGGCUAUGGCAAGUCGUCAAAGCCGGAGCAAGUGGAGCAGUAUGUAAAGAGCGCGAUGGCCCGCGACUGCAUUGCAGCUAUGGACCACCUCGGCUUUACGUCCAAAUUCUUCGUCUGUGCCCAUGACCGGGGCGCACGAGUCGCACACAAACUGCUGGUGGACUACCCUGAUCGUGUACGCAAGGCCAUUCUGCUCGACAUCUGUCCCACGCUGGCAAUGUACACGGCUACCGACUUUGAGUUCGCCAAGGCCUACUUCCACUGGUUCUUCUUGAUCCAGGCGGAGCCUCUACCCGAGACAGCGCUGUCAGCAAGCCCGCAGAAGUUUGCAGAGCUUUUCAUGGGUGGACGUCAGAAGGAUGGGCUUGCAAUCUUCGAGAAAGAGUGCUUCGCAAAUUACGUCAAGAAUCUCCAAGAUCCAGCGACGGUACACGGCAUGUGUCAUGACUAUCGAGCGAGUGCAACACUCGACCUGGCCGAGGCGCGCAAGGAUUUGGCUGAAUCGAGGUUGAUCCAGUGCCCGCUACGCGUGCUUUGGGGCAAGUACGGAGUGAUUGAGAAGUGUUUCGAUGCGAUACAGGAAUGGAAGAAGGUGGCUACGGAGGGUGUAUCUGUUGAUGGACAUGCGGUCGAAUCAGGGCACUAUAUACCUGAGCAGGCUCCAAAUGAUGUCUUAGCUGCUAUAGAUGAAUUUUUCGUUUAG